AGAGGGAGGCGGGAAGGGCAGGGGGCCGCGUCAUCGUGGCCCCGCGGUCAGAGCAGCCGCGCGGUCGAUGUCAGCACCGCAGCUCAGCGGCGCGCAGCAGCGGGAGAGAGGCGCUUGCGGCCGAGAGGCGGCGGCACGGAUGCCGAUGCAGGGCAGCAGCAUGCAGCGCAGACAUGACCGAGUGCGAGUCCGCGGAAGGCGAAGCGCGGCCCCGCAGCCUGCAGCCGAGAAAGGCGAGCGGGCACCUGCGGCUGCUGCCGUGCGUGCUGGGGCUGCGUGAGCGGCUGAACCCUGCCUUGCACUCCUCGAAAGUCGAGUGCUGUGCUGCCUCGGCACCGAAUUCAGGUCCCAGAGUGACGCGCGGCCUGCAGCGUUCUACAAACGGUCAAGGCGCGAGGCAGAGGGCGGCAGCGUGCGCGCAGAAAUUGGCAGAUCGGCUGCAGCUGAAGGCGCGGCGCUCGGCGUGCGGUGCGGGCGGCGGCGCGGGCCUGAUGCUGGCGGCUGACGCUGCUGACGCGUCCCUCACUCGGCUCCGUCGCGGCCGCGCGUCCCUCACCUCGUGCCCCCUCUCGCAUCUCCUCGCGCUCCGCUCCCCGCCCGCGGACGCAGCUCGGCCCGGCGCAGGAGAUUCCGCGGAGCAGCAUGCGGCCGCGGCGUUGUGCGGCAUGUGCGGCAUGCCAACGCCGCCUCAUGCCGAUGCAUCAUGCAGCGUGGCAGAAAGACAGCGCGCAGAACACGCAGCGAAGUCUCCCUUCCACGCCUUUGCAGAGCGGCAGGCAGAUACGGCUCGCACCGCGAGCCUCUUCGACUCGACGUCGUGGUCGGCGCCUCGGCCGCAGCCGCGAGGGCAGCAACGGCGCUGCGGCCGCGGACGCAGCCCCGACGUGCUGCCGCCGCUGCGUUCUGCUGCUGCAAAGUAGACUCAGCCUCUGCGCUGGAUGCAGCCCCAGACCACAACGUUGAGGCGCAGAGAUGCUUCGGUCGCUCGCACGGCGCGCAAUUCUCUCAGAUGCUCGCAUGCACCGCAUGGCUCGAGGGCCCCCUGCAGCG